UGGCCGAGGGCUAGGCCUACUACGUUGGGGCGGUGCCCACUUAAGUUAUAGCCUUGAGAUAAUGGGAGAGCCUUCUGCCCGAUUCAAUCAUAUCCUUGCUCCAGUCGGAGGCAAGUCGUAUCUUCUUGGUGGAGAGACGGACCCCUUUAGAGAAGAAGCAGAGAGAAAUCGUGUAGCUGGUGUGCUGAGCGUGUUUGAUCACGAAUCAAAGCAAUGGGUACACGUCGAUCAUGGCGACGAAAAACCACCUGGAGUUAGAUCGGGUGGAUUUGUUGCGGGAGAAAGGUUCAUCUACUCAUUUGGUGGGCGCGCAGACACGGGCUUCGGGAGAUACAACACUCUACACAAGUUUGACACGGAGGAAAUGAGAUGGAUUGCUUUCCCUCCCAGCGUUAACACGGCUGAAACACCGAUGCCGAAGGCCGGUUGCGAACCUGUCGUCAUUGACGACAAAUUGUGUCUUUUUGGCGGUUAUGGGACACCUACUGGUCCACCUCAGCCUGGCUCAAGUUUCACUUUCGAUGAAGGAGUAUAUGACAGGGGAAACACGAAUGAGUUUCAUGUAUACAGUUUGAAGAAUGUUGCUGUUCCCCGUUGGAUAUCUGGGAAUGUCAGUGGAGAUAGGCCUCCACCAUGUUCCUACUACACCCUGACACUGGUGGACACCGGGAGAGCUGUGAUGUUUGGAGGAAAUACUAAGACUGGGAGAGUAAAUGACGUAUACAUAAUGACUUUGGAUGGAAUAAAUGUGAAUUUUAAGAAGAUGAGAAAGUAUGGUCCGUGGCCUAAGAAGAGGUCCAGUCAUGCGGCGUGUGUUCUCAACUAUGACCAGGAGUAUCCCCAGUUGCUGGUGGCUGGAGGUCUUGAUGAGAACACACAGGCUCUUGGAGAUCUGUGGCUACUGAGUGUUGAUCAUGGAAUGUGGAUCAAGAUUCGAGAUCAUGAAACAUACCUGCAUCGAUGGCGACCAAGUAUGUCAUGCGUUUCCUGUGCAGAAAAGACGGCAAGUGUAUUGGUGUUUGGAGGAGUAGACAAAGACGGCCUCAAACAGUCUCUCACUACUGUGCUGGAGUUCAAGCUUGUUGAUAACAGUGGAGAAGUGCAGGAGUGGAUAAUGGACGAUGCUAUUGUUCUGGGAGCCAAUUCAGAUAGAUCUGCGAGUGCUUUUGCCGAGUCUGUACAAGCUGUUGAAGAUGAUAUAGUAUACUUCAUCCCUGUCAACUCAAUGGGAACGUCUGCCAGACGUGUGUGUCAUUAUAAAGAGUACGAGAUAGUUGUGGCUCACUACAAUGAGGAUCUUCGUUGGUUGGCCCCAUACGCUGAUCACUGCCAUGUCUAUCACAAAGGUGGUAACAAUUGGAAAUCACCAGUGGAAUUCAAGCAAUGGGAUACACUACCCAAUGUUGGUCACGAAGGCCACACAUAUCUCCAUCACAUCAUUACCAACUACCAUUGUCUUGCCAAACGUUACACUUUUUGUGCAAGGAGAAGUGAAAAGUCAUAUACACUGGAAAGGUGAUAACGACCUUAAGACUUUUCUGAAAAGAGCAAAAGAGAAUGGAUUCUAUGGACCAAAUCUACAUACUGAAUAUAAUAGAUGGGAUGACCUAAAACACGUUGGCAAGUGGAAGAAGAUGGCGAAAAAUGGACAAAUGGCAAGAGCUAACUUGACAUUAGGGGAAUUUUGGGAAGUUAUAUUUGGUGCUCCCCACCCUAAAGGGAAUGUUGUCAAUUACAAUGCUAUAUUUUCUGUUACUCGAGCAAGAAUUCUCUCUAGAGCACGAAGUGUCUACGAAAAAGCUAUUUCAUUUGUUGAUCAUCACCCAAACCCGGAAGAAGGACAUUAUAUUGAAAGGAUUUGGGUUGCUCUUUUUUCCUAAAUGUUUAACUAAGUAUCAUGAGUAUGAAUAAAAUUGACAUGUAUCACAAGUCAACCAUCUAUUAUUGUAGAAGAGGAUUGCUCUUUAUUGAAAUGUAAUUGUAAUGACACGUAACACGUAUUCUGGAAUGUAUAAGGUAUCCCAAAAUC